CCACCGCCGCCGCGACUCCGCCAUUGGGUGUUCCACCGCUUUGCGCCUUUGCCUAUCAAUCGCCUUGGCCCCCAGAGUAGUACAGCGUCGAUCUCUGCAGCCGUGGGUAGCAACAGCAAGCGAAGGCGAGUGAAAGAAACUCGAUCGAUCAUCAGUGGCGGUGAAAGAAACAAACCAGGACGUUCGAACGAUACAGGAGAGAUGAAGAUGGAGCAGGUUUCGCAGAGGAAGGCGCCGCUCCUGGUUCUAGUAAUCUUGUGUGGCCUUCUUCUUCUUCUUCCCCUGGUUUCAUCUGUGCCUCUGUCCAGAAGCGUGUCCUUGAGGAACCACCAAGCAUCAGUCUCUGCUCUGGAGGCGCCUGUUCAGGUUGUGGCGGCGGCGGCUGAAGAGCGAGACCUCGACGAAGUGGCGGCGAGGAUGGUGAUCGAGGUCAACGACUACCCUGGCUCCGGCGCCAACAACCGCCAUGAUCCUAAGAGCCCUGGAAGAGCAUGAAACGAUCUCUGAUCUGAUCUGAUCUGCAGGGCCUUGUUGAUCGAUACAUAUAGGAAUAUUCAGUAUUAGCUUUUGUACGUAGUGAUCGACAUGCAUGUGUGAUAUAUGCAGUGCUUGGACAGGGGCUUAGUUAGUUAAGUCUUCACCGAUUAUUAUCAGAUCGGGUGAAGAGGUUGAUUAGCUAGCUACCACUCUAGUUUAAAAAAGAGAAGGAAACUUUUCAACAAGUUCCUUGUGAUAUAUGUAUCUGCACGUACAUGUGUCCAUGUCCACCCCAUCCGCCCGUUUUGUACAUCUUGUGUACUGCUUACUCAAUGACAAUAGCAGAUAAAUAUAUUUCUACGAGAUCCACGA